AUGGAUGAUUCAAGAGGCCGCGAAAGGCAAAGAAAAAUGUUUAGCCUUCAAAUAGAAGACCCUAGGAAGAAAAUUCAGAACUUUCAAGUAAACCUUAGAAAGAAGAAGAGGUCUGAUCUGUUUAAGAAGAACAGAAAGAUUAUUAUAAAGGAUGAUAUCAAAAUGGAAGAUGAGCACCUGUUCAUCUCAGACGCGGAAAUUUUGAAACUCAACUCUGUAGAAAAGGUCAAAGUCCUUGUUGAUAAAAUCACUAAUUCAGACUCUGACCAAGAGGUUUCUCAGUUAUUAGAGUACCUCCCAGUGAUAAUUAGAGAUAGAUGGGAUGAGGAAUACAUAAGCAUAUUGACAGGCAGGAGCUUUCUUGAAAGACUCAAUGAGUUAUUAUCUAAAGCAUGAACAAAGAGAACACUAACUAUUUUGAAACUCAUAAUAAACCUCACUUACCAUAUUGAGGUAGGCUCCAUGGAUUGAUUCAUUGAAGAAGAGCUCAUUAUAACUAUUUUGAAAUCUCUAACUCUACCUGAAAAUUCAGAAUACUUUUUAAGUGAAAAAUACAAGAAGGCAUUGAUUCUCCUUUCAAACAUUUGCCUUGAUUUCCCAGUGAUUUCAGGAUUUUUACUAGAAAAUAAUAUAAUUGGGAUCUUAGAAACUCUCCUUGCAGAAGAGAUCUUCUUCAAAGAUUCUGGCUUUAAAGGCUGAGCAGUAACUCUAUUUGACGCAAUGAUUUCCAAUAGUACUGAAAUCAAGCAGACAGAUAUCGAAACUUUUGAAUCACUUAUCUCCUUGUCUCUCGAAGAUGGAGACUGGGCAGAAGACUACCUCAUAAACUAUCUAAUAGCUUUAAUGAGAAUUUAUGAGCGUCAUCAGUACCUCUGAACUAAAAAGGGUGUCAUAGACUCAGUCCUUGGACUGCUCUCUCUAAAAUUAAGGAGUCAAGAACUUACUCAUGCAUGUAUAAGACUUCUAGGAGUGAUAUCCUCACUCGACUGAAGCAAGAUGAUCCUCUAUGCUCAUGAUAAUGGACUUAUGAAGAUAUUUACUAAACUAUACCCUAGGCAAUCAGCAACUAUAAAGAAAUUAAUCAUCCUCAUCAUUGGCAAUAUCUGUGUUGAUAAAGGAGAGGACAUUUACAAAGUUGUGCAGAGCAAGAAACUUUACGAGUUCAUCCUGACAGACACUUGUAAGGAAGAUAACUCUCUUGCACUUGUAGCUCUUUCAACAAUUGGAACUUGUAUACAUGACAGAUGAGACUCAGGUAUGAUAGAACAUGCUGCAGAAGUUCUUGAUGCACAUAGCCAAGAUCCUAAAAUUCUAGAAGAAACUUUAGGAUUACUGCACAAAAUUCUGAGUUUUACAAAGCAAGAAAACAUUGAAGAUAAUGAGAAUGCUAUCCAUCUCCAAGAAAUAGCUGGGCUUGAUAAAGUCGAGGGACUUCUAGUCUAUGAAAAUAGAGAUGUUUCCAACAAAGCAAAAGCUAUUAUAGAUGAAUUUUAUGGUUAUGAUCCUCUUGAGUAAUCACCAAAAUUUCUCUUUAUA